AUGAGUUCUCUAUCAACAUGUAUUCGGUGGCUAGUUGCGACGUGGUGUAUCUUUCUUACUCUAAGCGGGACGGCCUUGACUUCUAAUUCAACCUUCUAUAACCCUGCAAUUCCUGGAUUUCAUCCGGAUCCAAGUUGUGCAUUUGUCCCGGAAUGGGAUAACACCUUCUUCUGCGCCUCCUCGAGCUUCAAUGCGUUUCCGGGCAUUCCCCUCCAUGCUAGCAAAGACUUGCAGAACUGGAAGCUAAUAGGUAUAUCCCAAGCAGCUCAUCUCAAUAAUCCGUGCUUAUGUGACGCAGGUCAUGCUCUUAAUCGAGAGCAUCAGCUUCCACGUCUGGCCGAGACCAAUCGUUCGACCAGUGGCAUCUGGGCACCAACAUUGCGUUUUCACGACGAGACCUUCUGGCUAGUGACGACCCUCGUCGAUGACGACAGACCAGCAGAUGACGCUUCCAGGUGGGAUAAUAUAAUUUUCAAGAGCAACAACCCGUAUGAAGCUUCUUCGUGGUCGAAUGCAACACAUUUUGAGUUCGUGGGCUACGACACGGAGCCGUUCUGGGACAAGGACGGGAAGACAUACAUCAACGGGGCACAUGCCUGGAAGGUUGGUCCUUGGCUGCAGCAAGCUGAAGCAAACCUCGAUACUGGCGAAGUUGGAGAAUGGAGAACAAUUUGGAAUGGCACGGGUGGCAUGGCGCCUGAAGGACCACACAUAUACUUGAAAGAUGGUCUCUACUACCUGUUAGCUGCAGAAGGCGGUACUGGUGUCGGCCAUAUGGUCACGAUAGCUCGUUCGGAGAAUGUUGGAGGUCCAUAUGAGUCGAAUUCGGCCAACCCAAUUCUCACCAAUGCAAACACAACCUCCUACUUCCAGACUGUCGGACAUGCCGACCUCUUCCAGGAUGAUUCAGGGAACUGGUGGGGUGUCGCGCUAUCGACAAGAUCUGGCCCUGAGUGGGUUUACUUUCCCAUGGGCCGUGAAACAGUCCUGACCGCCGUGACCUGGCGAGAGGGAGAAUGGCCGCAAAUGUCGCCCAUUCAGGGCAAGAUGAGUGGUUGGCCAAUGCCACCAGCGAGUCUAGAUGUUGAUGACCCUGGCCACUGGGUCAUGUCGGGCGAAGUUGCAGCUGAUAAUGUUGAGUUCGAGGCUGGUUCAGCACUGCCAGCUCAUUUCACACACUGGCGCUAUCCCGUCGAAAGCUCAUAUACAGUAUCACCACCUGAGCGUUCCAACAGCCUACGUCUCAUGCCGUCAAAGCUCAACUUGACAGCCCACAAUGGCAAUUACGCCGGUCCUAGCGGGCAAACGUUCGUGGGAAGGCGACAGCAGGAUACACUCUUCGCUUAUGGCGUGACAAUAGACUUUUCGCCCACGCUAGAAGAGGAAGAGACCGGCAUCUCUGUCUUUCUAACGCAAAAUCAUCAUCUCGACUUGGGUUUGGUUUUACUGCCAGCAAACGGAACUAUGCGGGCGCUUCCGGGUUAUAACUUGACUGCGGGGAAUGAUUCCGAAAAACUGGAUUUGCAUCUAAGAUUUCGGGGCGAGUCAUAUGUUCCCGUCCCAGACGAAAUCACAGCCCCAGUGCCGGAAGAAUGGAUAGCCUCGCCGAUCAGGCUAGAGGUGAAGGCCGCGAACCUGACGCACUAUUCUUUUUCGGCCGGCCCAGCCAAUGCAGCUUCUCGAAUGAAGACACUCGUAUAUGCGUCGAAUAAUGCUGUCAGCUGGGGCUUUACAGGCGUCUUUGUCGGCGUAUAUUGCACAAGCAAUGGAGGGUUUGGCUCAACACCAGCAUAUAUAUCAGACUGGACUUACAUUCCUCAAGGCCAAUUCAGAGACUAG